AUGUCGUGUCAAGAACCGUCUGAUUCUGAGAAGGCGCUGCCCCCGCCGUCUUCAUCGACAGCAAGUUCCAUCUCAGAUAUCGAAGAACACUCACCUGGAUAUGAUGCGCCGACUUUACAAAAAUGCUUGGUAGUCUUUGUCACGAGUUUCGUGACACUAACGGGAUGCUUCAGCAGCACUUCUUUGAUGUCCGCAGCAACUCAAAUAGCGGACGAGUUCCAUAGCACACCUGACGUUGUCAAUGCCUCAAAUGCUGGGCUGCUCAUGACCAUGGGCCUCUCAAACUUCAUAUGGGGCCCGCUCAUACCACUGAUUGGGCGUUUGUAUGCAUGGAAUUCUUGCAUCUUAUUGCUCCUUGUUUGGACUGCAGCGGCAUCUGUUGCACCGAAUCUUCCUUCGUUCAUCGUGUUCAGAGUUUUGUCCGGAUUUCAAGGAACCUUUUUUCACGUCACUGGUCAAGCAAUUCUUGCUGAAUUUUUCCCUCCCGUCAAAAGAGGAACAGCAACUGGCUUCUUUCUCAGUGGUACUGUCCUCGGACCUCCUCUAGGCCCUUUGGUUGCUGGCAUAAUCACCCAGUACACCUCUUGGCGAGUAAUUCUGUACUUACAAUGUGGAAUGAUCACGCUUGGACUAUGCCUUUCAUUGUUACUAUUAGGGAGAGGCGGAAAACCGGCAAAAAUGCAAAAUCCUUCCAUAAGAGAUAUUGUUCGAGCAUAUAAUCCUAUGCGAAUCAUAAGACUGCUACGUUACCCAAAUCUGUUACUUACAGAUUUUGCUGCUGGCCUUCUUGCUUUUUCGCAGUAUGGGUUGCUAGCAAGCCCACGCCACAUAUUCCUGUCAGAAUAUCAUCUGGAAUCUCCUUUAACGUCAGGACUUUUCUUCUUGUCUCCAGCUACAGGCUUGCUUCUGGGCACCUUGAUAGGAGGCCGAUUUUCCGAUCGAACAGUACGGAAAUGGAUUCAACGUCGCAAUGGUCUGCGCUUACCUCAAGAUCGCCUUCGAAGUGGCUUCCCCUCUUGGUUCAUUCUCAUUCCAAUAGCGUACUUAAUGUUUGGUUGGGGAGUACAAUAUCAAAUAGGCGGGCUAGCAUGGCCAAUCGUGACGGCAUUUUUCACCUCUGUUGGUAUUUUGUCCGCAUUCGCUGGCGUUAACACGUAUUGCGCAGAAGUCUUCCCUAACUCGCGGCAAGAAGCUAUUGCGACGAAGUAUGUUAUCCAAUACGUAUUUUCGGCUCUUGCUAGCGGUGUAUCAAUUCCUUUAAUCGAUGGUGUUGGCGUUGGAAUGGCAUGCACCAUCAGCGUCAUUUUCGUAUAUAUUGGCGGCUCACUUUGUGCAGUAACGGCCAUAUACGGCAUUACCAUGCAGAAUUGGGUUGAUUCGAAAUGGCCAAAGAGAGACACGCUUACAGAAAAGAGAAAUGAUAAUUGUGACGGGGUUGCUCUGGCGCAUGUUAUCUCGGCGCCGUAG